CUUCCAUGGUUAGCGAAACUGUAUACAAAUUCUUCCAAGUAAAUUGCUUUCUCCGUCGUCAAGUUGAGGCGCUGCACGGUGCAUACGUAUUCUUCUCCCUGGACGAAUUUUAAACUGAGCUCAACUAAAAUAAUUGCAGAGUUGAGGGGGUGGUUAAAAACCAGUACAAAAAAAUAGUUCAAAAUGAAAGAAGUAGUGUUGACCAAGACUAAACAAAUGUCAGGACUGAAUCACAAUUCUUUAUCGGGCUCAAGAUCAAAUAAGGUGCCUUGUCGCAAAUCCAAGCGUUUGUUGUUCAAAAAUACUCGCAAGACCAAUGCAGGACAGAAACCCCGUGUGAACGAAUCCGAUACUGGGCCUUAUGGAAGAGUGGUGGAAUUAAUUAAUCCUCAAGACAUGGACAUAGACCGUGAUGAUGAUGACGUUCUUACGAAAUGUUUGUUUCUCGGGAGUUUAGGCCUUGUCGCAAAUGAUCAUAUUCCUGAAGACAAUGUUAUAACAUGUACAAAUAGUAGUGCUGAAUCCCAAACUGAUGACCGACGUCAGUACCCUUCCGUCGUAGGGGGAAAUCUCAAUGUCAGAUCUCUCAAAAAUUUGUGUAUUCUCAAAAUUGUAAAGAUAUUGAAACAAGCACAAAUUACGAAGGAAUUAGAUAGUCUCAACCAAAGUCCAAAUUUUAGUCAAAUUGACGCCGAUGCUAGUCCCCCAUCGAUCAGUUUUGGUGAGUACGUUGCGAAUUUAAUUGAGACUGAUAGCAAUACUUCAGGUUCAUCCUGCUCAGAAGACCAAACGCCAUCACUGGAAGAAUAUGUGAAAAAGUUGCAAAGCUGUUGCACAGUGAUAACGUUCUACACAUCAUCAUCAUCACAAGUUGAAUCAGAUUCGAUUAAGGGUAAGAAAUCUGGCCCAAUUUCGACAAAAAGACAAGCAACGGCUACUGAACGAGGAUGGUUCCGUUGGAGCGAAUACAUGACCAAGACAUUGCGUGUGGGUAGCAGCAGUAUUUCGAAAUCAAAUUCACGUGAACAAGGUAUGACAAUGAAGUCAAUGUCAGCCCGUAAACGCACUGUUCCUGGUUAAUAUCCCGACCGGACGACACUAGAUAUCUCCGUCCACAUGAGGUGCUGAAUCGUAAAUUAAUUAAGCUAAUUAUUUAUUUAGUAAUUCAACAAAUUUGUUCAUGAUACUUGUGAAAUGUGUUGAAAAGUGACGAGAUUUCCAUAUUACGUGUUAUUUUUAUGAUUAAAUGUUAAUAAACACUGUAAAAUUGAAA